GGAGUGCGGGUCUGGCGCCUGCGCACUGGCGCUCCCGGGCCGUCCUCUCCCGCAGCAGUGAUGCGGGAGGCGCGCGCCGACCCGGUUGCCCGUCGACUCGGUCGCCCGUCGUGCCGCAGCCGUUUGGGGGCUCCGGGCUCUGAGAUGGCAGAGCGGCCUUCAGGAGAGACGGCCGGCCAGGUGUGCGCCUUCCUCUUCAAAAAGCCUGGGCGGAAAGGGGCUGCCGCCCGCAGAAGGCGCCCGGUGUGCGACCCAGAUCCCGGAGAAAGCAGCAGCAGUGGCGACGAGGGCAGCCCUGUGGUUCGGCCCGAGAGGAGGCGGGCGGCCCACAACCCCAUGAUACAGAAGACCUGUGGCGGCGCGAAGCGGAAGGCGGCCCGCUGCGACGGGAGCUGCGGGGAGGAGGAGGCGGGAAAGGAGCCCGAGAGCCUCGGCGUCGUCUACAAGUCCACCCGCUCGGCCAAACCCGCGGGCCCCGAGGAUAUGGGGGCGACGGCCGUGUACGAGCUGGACACGGAGAAGGAGCGGGACGCGCAAGCCAUCUUUGAGCGCAGCCGGAAGAUCCAGGAGGCGCUGAGGGGCCAGGAGGAUGACAAGAUCUACCGGGGCAUCAAUAACUACCAGAAAUACAUGAAGCCCAAGGAUACGUCGAUGGGCAAUGCCUCCUCCGGGUUGGUGCGGAAGGGCCCCAUCCGAGCGCCCGAGCACCUGCGAGCCACCGUGCGCUGGGAUUACCAGCCCGACAUCUGUAAGGACUACAAGGAGACUGGCUUCUGCGGCUUCGGAGACAGCUGCAAAUUCCUCCACGACCGCUCAGAUUACAAGCACGGCUGGCAGAUUGAACGUGAGCUUGAUGAGGGUCGCUACGGUGUCUGCGAGGCUGAAGACUACGAAGUGGGGAGCGACGAAGAGGAAAUACCAUUCAAGUGUUUCAUCUGUCGCCAGACCUUCCAAAACCCCGUGGUGACCAAGUGCAGGCAUUAUUUCUGCGAGAGCUGUGCCCUGCAACAUUUCCGCGCCACCCCGCGCUGCUACGUCUGCGACCAGCAGACCAGUGGCGUCUUCAAUCCAGCCAAAGAACUGAUGGCUAAGCUGGAGAGGCACAGAGCUGCAGCAGAGGGCAGUACUUCCGGGUUCCCCGGCGAGCCCCCAUGAGGGCCCAACUCCCAUCACAGACGUUUCCCGUAAUUCUCAAAGCUCAAAAUAAACAUUCUGUUGUUCUUUUGGAAAUCUUAAAAUACUUGAAGAAUUGUCAAGUUUUAAGUGAAAAUGCUGCAAGUUGAAUAAUAUAGUUUUCAGGAACUCUCAAAAUAGCCAUCCUCUAUAUAGACUUACAUUCUAGUAAGCCCUUGUGUGAUUUUUUUUUUUAAGAACAAUAUUGCCACCUAAUGGUGAACUACAUCUCAGCCAUUUCAGAGGAGGCUGUGGAGAUUUAAAAUUCAAAUGCAAUAGACAUUGAUGAGUCUGUGGAAUCCCAAGGGAGGAAUAACUGAAAUAGCUGAAGGAGAGUUUAAGGAACACAGAACGGAAACAUCAGGAGACUCUUAGAAGACUAGAAGGCAGAUUUUUUGAAGAAAAG